AUGCCGAAUGGCAUCAGCAAGCGCCAGCAGCUGCGUAAUGAGAAAACUCUGGCGGAGCUGAUCCGUACAGUCCCUGGCAAUGACCGUUGUGCCGAUUGCGAUGCCUUGACCCCAGGAUGGGCAAGCUGGAACAUGGGUAUCUUCCUCUGCAUGCGCUGCGCCGCGCUGCACCGCAAGUUGGGUACACAUAUAUCCAAGGUCAAGUCAUUGUCCAUGGACACCUGGUCGUCGGAACAGGUUGAUAAUAUGAAAUCGCACGGCAAUAUCCUCAUGAAUAAAAUAUACAACCCCAAGAACGUCAAGCCCCCUGUGCCGACCGAUGUGGAUGAAGCCGACUCGUGCAUGGAACGGUAUAUCCGGCAAAAAUACCAGUACCGGUCGUUGGAAGAUGGGAAGCCCAAACCCCCGAGCCGUGAGGAUCCGAGCUACACCAGGUCCCCCGAGCAGUCACGGCGCGAUCGAUCUCAAGAAGGAUCGCCUCCCCCACUGCCGCCCAAGACCGGCAAGCUCUUUGGGUUCGGCCUCCGGUCCGCGUCCUCGACCUCAAACCUGCGUCGCUUCGGAUCCAAGCCCAAGGUGACGUCGCCACCUUCCGAUGAAGAGUCCUGGUCUCCACCGCCCCCAAAGAAGUCGUACACAACACAAGGACUCGGCGCGCCGGUCGCUGAUGUGACCACUGCCUCGUUCGAGUCCAAGAUGGCGGCAAUGCGGGAGAUGGGGUUCACCAAUGACCGCCGGAACGAGAUGGUCCUACGCGGACUCAAUGAGGACCUGGAUCGGUCGGUGCAAACUCUGGCGAGACUGGGCGAGGGAAAUCAACCAGCACGGGCUCGUACUCCGGCCACGACGGGCAACACGGCGCCCGCUCGCGCGGUAACCCCGAAACCGGAGACGUCCAACAAUCCCUUCGAGCGGGCAGCUUCAAACCCAGCGCCGCAACAGUCGCAGUCUACUUCGUACAACCCGUUCGACCGGCCUAGCCAGCCACCAGCAUCGGCACAGCCCCUGGAAAACUCGUUCCAGAAUCUGCAGGUCUCACAGCCGUUGUUCCCGCACUCUACGGGAGGAUACCCGAGCCAGGCUAGUUCCAUACCCCAGGCGCCGUACCAGCCGUCCUUCGCGCCUUCCGCAACAUCGACAUUCUCCCAGAGCAGCUUCGUCUCAUCGCCACAGUCGAUGGAGAAUAGCUACAACCCAUUCCUCCAAGGACCUUCUCAACCACAGGGUGGCGUGGCCAGUCAGCCAUACGGGGUUGGCAACCAAACAUACCCCAACCCCAGUACAACACAGAACAACCCGUUCUUCAGCGCUGCACCGCAAAACCCUCCUCAGGCCCAACAGCCGCAGCCAACUGGCUCCGUGCCCACCCUCGCAGUCCCCAACCCGCCCCGCCAUGCGAACACCAUGCCGGCGGUCUCUUCGACCUCUCCAUUUGGCACAUCACCAUUCGGUACCUCGCCAUUUGGCCCAACUCCCUCUUUCCAACCGCAGCCGCAGUCACAGGUACCCACCGCUGGCCAACCCUAUAACCCAUUCCAGUCGGCGACAGCACCUACCACGCCGCAGAGCGCAGGGCCCUAUCCAAAUCAAUUCCAAUCUCAUCUGCAACCCCACCAGCCCCAGCAGCUCCAACAACCCCAGCAGCUGGCACCGCAACCCACGGGUAUGGACAAGAAUAGCAUUCUAUCCCUGUACAACUUUGCUCCGGCUUCAUCCACCAUCCCAGAACAACCGCAGCCACAGCCGCAAUUCGGCAUGGGCCCUAGCCCCGCUCCACCCCUAACCAGCUCCGUCACCUCGACGCCCCAGUCUCAACUGGGCUCUAAUCUCCCCACCCCUCAGCCUGGCAUUGGAGGUGCCCCGCCCACUACAUCUCGCAACCCAUACAGUGGUGCCGCUCCAACCGGCUCGGGUCUUGCUGCUCAAGCAGGCAUUGGCUCAUACCAGCCCUCGUCAGGACUGGGGAUUGGCAUGGGUGCUGGCACUGGGGCAACUGCCACUGCCCCGCUCACGGGACUGAAGACGGCCACCACUCCUUUCUCUGCGAGCCCGUUCUCCUCGAGUCCAUUUUCUGGACCUCCUCCAUCGAACCCGGGGAUGCCCAGGCCUCAUAUGAGCCAGCCGAGUGUGGACGUCAGUGGAAUGCAGAACGGCCGACACAGCCCGGAUGCUUUUGCUAGUCUGAGUGCUCGCUAUGGCUGA